GGAUCUUAAGGGGGGGUCAGUUGUAGGUCAAACCAAUCUUGGGUUUGAGUGUAUGAAGAGAAGGAGGCAGGCCAAGAGAGGGAGCGAACCAUUUGUUACAGAGGAGGGUACUGUAACGCUUGGCUGCAGCUCUCGAUCAUGAUACCCUAAGACCUUUGUGGUUGUUGCCCAUCCUAGAGGCUGUGUCUGGUGCACAAGAAGCGUGCCAGAGAGUAACCUGACUUUGCUUAGCUUCAGCAGUUGUAUCUAAGAUCAGAAUGAUGAACAUAACCAGGACUUUAAGGGUCUUCCAGCCGGAGGCUCUCUUUAGGAGCCUAGCGAGGCCUUGUGGCCUCCACACCUCUACCAGCCAGCUCAACUCCAAUCGAACCUCCAUUGCUUGUAUCCCGAGGCAGAAAUAUGCCAAGGUCUAUCCAGUCCUGUUGGUUAGACCUGAUGGCUCAACAUUCCAUAUUCGCUACAAAGAACCAAGGCGGAUUCUUAUGAUGCCAGUAGACAUCAACACACUUCCAGAAGCCGAAAGGAGGGCCCGACUGCGGAGAAGGACUGCCGGCAAGGUUAAAACGAAAGAAGUUCAGUUUGAAGACGACUUUAAUUUGGAUGACUACAGGAAAUUUUGGAAGAAGAAAUAAGGCUUCUUUGGGGAGGUUUUUAGAGCAGGAAUUUUGUGCGACGCUUCCAGCGGCAUCAGGUUGUUGCAAGACUUAUGUUUGACGUACAAGUAAAGAGAUUUUUUCCAUUUC